AUGGGCUCGAACUCGGAGUCUUCGCUUGCUGAGGCCAUGUCUCGGCCUCACAGCUCUUUCAGCCAGUGGCAAAAGAGAUGUAUUAUCUUGACAGCAGCUGGCGGUAGUUUCUUUUCCUCGUUGUCUGCGCAUAUUUAUUUUCCGGCCCUGAAUACAGUGGCCGAAGAUAUGGGCGUGUCAUCGUCCUUGAUUAACUUGACUGUCACCAGUUACAUGAUCUUCCAAGGCGUUGCGCCCAUGUUCUUUGGUGAUUUUGCAGACCAAACUGGCCGUCGACCUACCUAUAUCAUUUGCUUUAUCAUUUAUAUCGCGUCGAACAUUGGACUCGCCUUGCAAAAAGACUAUGCCGCUCUAAUUGUGCUACGAUGCCUUCAAAGUGCGGGUAUUAGUAGUAGCAUGGCGCUGUCGGCGGCCACCGUCGCCGAUGUCAGCACCAAAGAGGAGCGAGGAUCGUACAUGGGGAUUGUCAUGGCUGGCAACUUUUUAGGACCGGCCAUCGGCCCUACCAUCGGCGGUCUUCUGGCCCAGUACCUCGGCUGGAGGUCAAUCUUCUGGUUCUUGGCCAUUGUUUCUGGUUUAUACUUGUUGCCGCUCCUGUUUUUCUUUCCUGAGACCGCUCGUAAUGUCGUCGGGGACGGCUCUUCUCCUGCGCAGUCAUGGAACCGUCCCUUCAUUCACUACUUCUACCGCAACAAAGCGACCAAGAACGCGUCGACUUCAUCAAGCAGCCUUGACCGGUCUGGGAACAAAGAACCACCAAAAAGGUCUCACAAAAUUGCACUACCCAAUCCUUUGAAACCCUUUAAAGUCGUCUUCCAUCUUAACUCGAUCAUCGUCCUCCUUGUCACCGGUGUCAUUCUGGGCAGCACUAUGACUAUACUUGCGUCGAUAACAGAAAUAUACACCGCAGAAUAUAAUCUAGACACCCUCCAGAUUGGCCUCUGCUACCUAACCACAGGAACCGGGUCCAUUCUAUCUUCCUUCGUGACCGGUCGCCUUCUAGACUGGAACUUCCGACGCUCUACCAAGAAGCUAACAGGACCAAAUGCCACACCUGAACAAAUGCAAGCCGAAAGGGAGAACGUGUCUUGCCCGAAAGCGCGCAGUGAAAUCACCAUCCCACUGGUCGUGAUGGGCAGUCUGACCAUACUAGCAUUUGGCUGGCUGGUUCACUUCGGGCAGCCUCUCGCUGCCCCUGAGGUCUUUCUCUUCUUCAUCGGUAUGGGCCAAACGGGUGCUUUCAGUUCCACAUCAACUCUGCUGGUGGAUUUGCACCCUACUCAACCGGCUGCCGCAACAGCUGCAAACAACCUGGUGCGCUCGUUGUUCUCGGCCGCGGCGUCGGCCGCUAUUGUCCCCAUGCUGAAUGCCAUGGGUCGGGGCUGGGCCUUUACACUCGUCACUUUCAUGCUGUUGAGUACGAUUCCACUUUUCUUGUUUCUUUGUGGAAUUUUCCACCGAGAAAAGACCGAUGACUCUGUAGAGGUUUAG